AUAUUUAAUUUAUAUAUUUACCUUUACAUAAAAUACGAGUUUAUCUUGGACUUCGUUUUAAAUAUUUAUAUAUUUAACUUAAAUAGACAAAAUACUUGAACUACAAAAAUUUAAUUACAUUGAUGAAUGCAGUCAACAACUUUUCUUUAUCAGUGUAUUUCUAAUCGAAUAUCUCGAAACGAUGAGUUUUUCUCAUGCGAUAUCGGUACAUUCAUCGUGAAUAUUGCCGCGCGAUUAUACUUAAUUCCUGCAUGUACAAUUAUCGUCGCCAUGCAAGUAUAAGUACUGGUAACACGAGUGCGCCUGAUCCGUCGAUACAGUUCACGCCGAUAUAUUGUUAUAUGAUAAAAUUAAGGUGAGAGUGCGAGUGUCGUUGUCGCGUUAAAAAUGGAUUCGUUUAAUAGUUACGGCAGGAACGACCUGUCGGAGAUGUAUCCGUCAUUUAUCAAUUUACACGAGGAUGAAAGUGACCAUUUACUUUUGGAUAUGGAUUCUUUAGUUCCCAGGCGAAGCAGUUUUUUAGCGAGCCGUGGCUGCGAAUCAACCAAGAAGAAAUGUUCGCUCGGUGACGAAACCGAGGAGAUUGACGGCACCGGAUGGUCUGACAAACCUAUCAGAAGCUGGUGUCAAGAGGAAACAAUAAAUUGGCUUAUGUCAGCUGCAUCAUAUAUGGGUCAGCCUUACAGCUCCAUUCAACACAGUCUCGCCGUACCCGGGAAAGAAAUAGUUACCUUUACACGGCAGGAUUUUAUUAAUCACGAUCCUGUAUACGGAGAUCAGUUAUACGACCUUCUCCACUCGCAACUGCCGUCAUUUGAUACUAUUCAGCCGCAAUCGGAAGACGAGUAUGCGCGAGUCAAUUCUAGCAACAUAUCUGAUGCAGAAUCAGAUAAUAGCAUCGAAAUUGCGACCAAGAGACUGCCGGGUAGACCAAGGAUACUGAAGACGAAAAAAAAUCCCUCCAGUCAAGGAAAAUUAUGGGAAUUUAUUAGAGAUUUACUACGCAACAGAGAAACUUGUCCGAGUUUAAUCUGCUGGGAGGACUAUUCACAAGCUAAGUUUCGCUUUGUAAAAAGUGAUGAAGUUGCAAAACGAUGGGGUUCACGGAAGGGAAAUACAAAAAUGACUUACGAAAAACUUAGUCGAGCCAUGAGGUACUAUUACAAAAGCAAAAUAUUUCUACCAGUGCUCGGUCGAAGAUUAGUAUAUCAGUUUGGACCAAAUGCGAAAGGCUGGCAAACAGAUAACCCGAAUUUCCGACAUUAAAACAACGUUGUCGAAAAAGAAAGAGUUUGUAACAUAAACCUAAUACGUAAACAACAAAUUGUAAAAUGUAAUAUCUCGCUGAUCUCGCGUGAUGUUUGUCGACACUGGAAAAAUAAUUCCGUUCGUUUUAUUUUAAACAUUGUCAAAAGUAAUGCUUCUCAGAGUCAAAGAUAAUGAUAUAAUAAAACAGAUCUUUUGAAGAAAGGGGGGGGGGGGUAAAAUCUGAAAGAAAAGAAAGACAUUGAUUUUUCUUUUCUUGUUUUGUUUUCAUCUUUGUUUUCAUCUUAAAUUUUUUGUAUUUCUAUUACAAUCUUGUAUCCUUACGAAAAAACUAAUCGUAUAACAAUCACGAUUACGAAUUUAAAAAAUGCAAUGUAAAAAAAUAAUUAAAGAAUACUGAAAGACUACUACAAAUGGAUAAGUAGUUUUAGGAGCAGAAUCGCGAACAAACGAACUUUAGGAAGGAGGCGGGGGACAAAAAAGAAAAGUUAAUUUUUUAUAAAUCAUUCUCUGUUAUAUUGAUUGUUUGUAUAUAUAUUUGCUAUUUAUACAUAAAAAAUAAAACACUUAAUCGUCAUUAUUAACAUUUUUGUGCAUCUAAUGAACUCUUAGAAAUAUUAUAUUUUAACAAAAAUAGAUUCAUUAUCGUUUCAUCUAUAUAUAUAUAAAAUUUAAGAUGUUAAUUAUAAAAACCACAGUCUUUACAUGUUACAUAAAUAAAAUAAUUAUUUUUCUUCUAAA